GCAUUUUACCCCAGCUUUCGAGAAGCUCCGCAAACUCCGCAAUUCGACAGCCGUCGCCUUGAUCGUGCUCGCCCAUCCGACACUCCUGACACAGUCGCUCAUUUCACACCGAUUCAAGACGCCAGAAACCCACGAUCCAAAAUGCCCACCGCAGUGCCCAAGGUCCAGCAGGCAGCGCUCAGCAAAGAGCUCUCGGAGCCGCUUCCCGAACCGCCAUCUUUCGAGGGCAAGCCGGGCGUUCGCAGCAUAGCCGGCGACCUAGGUGACAAACGCGUGAAUGGCAAAGUCAUCAUCGUCACUGGCGCCAACUCCCUCAUCGGCAUCGGCCGCGCCAGCGCGCACCAAUUCGCCCGCCACGGCGCCCGCGCCCUGUACCUCUGCGACUUCGACGCCUCGAACCUCGCUCUGCACAAGCGCGAGCUGGCCUCCCUGUACCCCAGCGUCGACGUGCACACGCGGCAAUUCGACGCCGCGGACGAAGCCGCGGUGAAGGCCGUGUGCGACGACGCUGUGGCUGCGUACGGGCGGCUGGACGUGUUCUUCGCGAACGCGGGGAUCAGCAGCGGCAAGGUGUUUUGGGAGGAGGACUCGGCGGGCUUCAUGCGCAUGAUGCGGACGAACGCGCUGUCGGUGUUUCUGGCGGCCAAAUAUGGCAGUCUUGCGAUGCGCAGGACGGGCGCUGAGAAGCCGUAUCCGGGCGGGAGUAUUAUUGGCACGGCGUCGGUGGCGGGGCUGAAGAGCAAUGCGGGGCCGACGGACUACUCGGCGAGCAAGGCCGCGGUCGUGAGUCUGAUGCAGACGUGUGCGUAUCAGCUGGUGGGCAGCGGGAUUCGGUGCAAUGCCGUCUGCCCGGGCUUGAUUGAGACGGGCAUGACGAAGAUAACAUACGACGCGGCGCGCGCAAGGGGGAGUGAGAAGAAGAUUGGCCAGCUCAAUCCGCUGAGGAGGGGCGGGCAGCCGGAUGAAAUUGCGCGGGCGGUGUUGUUUUUGGCGAGUGACGAGAGCAGCUAUGUCAAUGCCCAGGCGUGGGCUGUUGACGGUGGGCUGAGUGGUGGAAUGCCAUUUGUGCCUGGAAAGCUAGCUUAGCCGUC